AUGGAGGGGUUGGUGGAUCCAGAGACCAUUUACAUGAAACAGAACUGCAUAGGUGGUGGAAGUUUUGGUCGUGUCUACAAAGGUGUCGACAAACGAACCGGCGAAUCCGUGGCAAUCAAAGUUAUCGACGUUGAAAAUGCUGAAGAUGAGGUGGAUGAUAUCAUUCAAGAAAUUGCAAUUCUUUCUGAAUUAAACUCCCCAUAUGUGACCAAAUAUCAUGGCUCGUUUCUCAAGGGCUCGCAUCUUUGGAUUAUCAUGGAAUUCUGUUCGGGGGGAAGUUGCUCAGAUUUGAUGCGUCCAGGCCCUCUUGCAGAGGAUUACAUCAUGAUCAUUGUCAAAGAAUUACUCAGAGGCUUGGAUUAUCUCCAUAGUGACAAAAAACUGCACCGGGACAUAAAAGCUGCGAACAUUCUUCUCACAUCGAGCGGUCAGGUCAAGCUUGCAGACUUUGGGGUCUCCGGGCAACUGACGGCUACAAUGACCAAGAAAAAUACCUUUGUUGGCACGCCAUUCUGGAUGGCUCCUGAAGUAAUCAAGCAGUCAGGAUAUGACUACAAGGCUGACAUCUGGUCUCUUGGAAUCACUGCUAUUGAGUUGGCUGUCGGUGAACCUCCUUAUUCGGAUAUCCAUCCCAUGAAAGUCCUCUUUUUGAUCCCGAAGAAUCCGCCUCCAAUCUUGCCGGGAAACUUUAGCAGAACCUUCAGAAGUUUUGUCGAGCUGUGUUUGAGACGUGAUCCGAGAGAACGCCCGUCUGCACGCGAGCUGCUCGAACAUCCGUUUGUGAAACGGGCUAAAAAGACGACGUACCUCACGGAGCUGAUUGAACGGCAUGAACGAUGGCAAGCGUUUCGCGGCGGCCGUGUGGCUGAAGACGACGACGACGCUUUUCUAGAGGAACAACCCCAACAAGCGGUCUCGGAGCAAGAGAAAGAGGAAGAAGAAGACUUAUGGGACUUCGGCACUGUUCGACCUUCAGCCCGGACUGGUGGUUUGAAAACAAUGAAUGAUGCACAGACAAACGCUCGAAACAAAGAAGUUGGCGAUUGGGAUCUUAAUGAGGAACCUGCGAAACCAACAUUUACUCCACGCAAGCCUAUGACCUCUGGCGAGACAUCCCCAACAAAGGUGCCACUUCCUCCAUCCCCAGUGAAACAGGACUUUUCAGAGGUUGUGCCUCGGACGCCGACCCAAAAUGGCAGACCUCUCCCCGUGCCGGAAGAAGAGAGCCCUGCGACGAGCGAAUACGAUAAAGCUUUCCAGCAGUCUCUAGUUCAGGAUCUGAGCUUCCUCCAGCUCGGGAAUACCUCCAGUUCGCCGUCACCUUCGAUGACUGACCGACGUCCCGUGUAUGGCGAGCAGGUUCAACGGAAGCCUGUCCCAGCACAAACCCCUAUUCACCUCACAACAGAUACCAGAGCGCCGUUGGGGCAGCCUAAUCCAGCCAGCCCUGUCUCUCGGGAACGGUCCCUGCCACCUUUUCCACCAGGCCUCACCGUGCCAAACCAGAAAUCUCCUCAGCCCCCGGCGACCCCGAAACACGGUAGCCCGCCUGUGCCAUAUCAACAGCAGCAUAUUCCACUUGAUACCGAGCGCCCCUCGACUCCGGAAAACAGCCGGCCUCGUGAGAAGAAAGCAGCCUUGCCGAGUGCAAAUGCAGAAACCCCAUCCACCGACAUCACCGCUUUGAACGGAGUGAUUUUGCCCGCUCUCACGGCUGCUUUCCGCCGCCGGUCUCGUCGGCUGGAGCUUCUGUCGCACAACGUCGGGGCCAGUCGGGGAAACAAGGAGAAUAAAGAUGAUAUUGAGCUACAGAAUCGCCGUCGUCAUGUCCAUGAAAUGAUGAAGGGGCUUGUGGACCAAGCGGCCACCGUCUUCAGCCAGAUCGAGCGCUGGGACAACGAGGCACCUAUUGGGAUGGGGGCUAGUGUCGGUUCUUUUCUAGAGGGAUUCCUCGAAGAAGUCCUCGUCCGCAUCGAGCCUGCUGAUGAGGAGAGCCCGACCAAGCCGUAA